CAAGUCGUAGCCACAAGAUACACUAUACCGUAUACCCAGACCUCUUUAUGUAAAACUAGAUGUUCAGUCCGGAGGGCCUGGCUAGGUGCAGCUUGUGACUGAGUCGUUAGAGUUAGGUUAAAUUUCUUUGACGAUCGCCGUAGGAAAUGGUUGUCACUUCAGCAAGUUGUCACGCGGAUCCACCCUAGCUUGCAGUUGUUUGCCAUUCUUUCCUCCAUGAUCAUGAACACAUGCGACUGAGUGGCGUGUGAUCGUCCGAGAGACGCAGGCCUAGGCCUAGUCGCUUGAGCAUUGCGGAUAGCCACAUCCUGCAUGCAUGAUGAGCUUGUGAGAGGAGGACGCCAAAGCAGCGAGUUCAAUGAUGUCCCGACAUCAUUUUACAAGAAAAACCCACUUUCAUCUUCAUAAUACUUGUAUCUUCACUCCUGCUCGAUCACAGACAUGUUAGUCUCAACACUGACUUGACUGAGACCAUAUGGACAUGAUGGAGACAAAUGCCAUGGCAUCCACACAAACUGACAUUGACUGUUUCCAUGACAUCGGUAAUGAAGAUGAUACUUCCAUUAUUGAUGCCGAAUGGAAUAAACUGAAGUCUUCCCACACUAAGGAGGGUUAUAGAGAUGGCUACAGUGCAGGUGAAGAGGCAGUCUUGCAGGAUGCAUUCAAUACAGGUUUCACUCAUCAAGUUAACUUGGAAACCUGUGCGGCUUUCUACAAAGGAAUUCUUUGGGCAUUGAAGACACUUUCAGAGCAAUCUAGAGCUUCCAGAGGCUCACCUAAGGUGUGUCUGAAUGCCCCUGACAUAUUGAAGAUCGAGUUACAGCUGGAAGAGCUAAACAGCAUCGUUAGAGGAAGUGAUUUGAUGGAUAAGAUGAAUAUGCCACCAGCAAAGGAAACACAUGGAAAGGUUACAAGGGAAUGCACCUCAGAAAAGGCAGAUUUGGAGUUAAAUGCCGGAGAUGACGGACAAUCAUACAGCCGUGAAUGUUUGCAAAGUACAUGUACAUGUACUUCAGUGGGACAGCAUGUAAAUGUAAAAACAGCCCACUCUUUAGGUUUUCAAGACCUUUCUAUACAACCCUCUAGUGUACGUGUAUCAGAAGGGCCGCAUGCUAUUGAAAACACAACAAUAAAACAGUCAUUUCAGUUUGGGGACUUGGAAAAGAAAACUGAAUCUGUGCCAAGUUUCUGUCACUCGGCCGGCCAGGUUAUAUCACAGAAUCAAGAAAAUGAAAUUACAGGUGAUGAAGCAGCAUGUUGCAGCACCUCAAAGGGCAUUUGUCAGUCAGUUGUUUCAGAGGGAGACCCAUUAUAUGGUACAACUUCAGAACCUUCCAGUGUUAGAAAGUUCAAGGAAGAAAGAUUUGAAAUUGACGGUUCGAACACUAAAGUGAAGAAGAUUGUUGGCAAUUGUCAGAAUCUACUCAAAGAACUUGGUAUUGGAGAUACAUGUAUGCUGCAACUGCAUCCUUUUGGAGAGUACUUGAUGCACUAGCUGCUUAAGAUAAACUGUCAGGAGAUCAGGCAUACAUAUCUGUAAAUCAUUGAGCAAUUUCCAGAUAUUCCUGGGUUUUCACUGACUUGUACACUUCAUUUAUUCCUUUAAAUAAAAACACUGCAGCAAUAAAUUGCCAAAUAUGUUAAUAAAUUACACAGUUUGCAUGUACAUGUA